AUGGAUCGCAGACAGAGCGAUCUCGUUCACCAACUACCCGCGCAAUCCAGUGGAAUUUCGACGACACAUGGCGCAUCUCUUCAACGCCGCUUGUUCUGCAUUGGUCACAGUCAACGCCUUGAAUGACGACGAGACGACCCACAGGCUUACCGCCACCACUCCAAGCUUGGCGGCGUUCCCUUUCCGCUUCGAUUUUAUAAUCACUAAUGUCUUCAGAGCAGUGCGUCUCGUCGUUCCAGCUUGGGGUUCCAAAUGCGUUGUUCGCACCGCUUCCAAAGUUGCCCCCGUCCGCGAUGACGUUAUUGCUGUGGGCGUGUCUGCAACCAUCCUCGACACCGUCUACAGAACGCGAGUGACUCCACUCGGGUCUGCUGCCUUUCAACCAGAGCAUGUUUACGUUUCGGUCUUCAGCCGUUCUUUCCCACUGCGUUCUGACCAGAUCGCAGUGCUGCAGAUGGGCGAUCGACACUUACCCAUCCUCGCGAUCCAGACUGCUUUUGGUACAGGUAAAAAAUUGAUUGCAGCCCUCAUCGCGAUACGCACAUACCUCGCAACAGCUGACCAGCAACUGGUCAUCGCCACCACCACGACCAACACUGCAGCAGGCCAAUUCAUGGACACAGCCUUAUCCAUUGACGCCGCAAACGCCGUGAAAUCCUUAGAUGCUUCCGAUUCGGCACUUGUGGAAGGCGCUCGUCAGACGCCCGUGUAUCUCUACGUCAUUCCUGAGCGCCUCCCUGAUGACUACAGAGAUCGGCUCCUUCAGCGCACGCCACAUGCCUUAAGUACAAACGAGGCCGGGAGCUUCUGGAGCGCUUCAUUUUCGAUCGCGACUUAG